GGUAAGCGAAGUUCUCUUUACUAUUUUUAUUUGGUUUAGAUUUACAAACUUCAUGAAUUAAUAAUGGGGAAUUUGAAUGUAUCGAACAUAUUUUAAUAAGAUGUUGUGUGAACCUAGCCCGAGUGUCGCAUGUCGGGCCGUGAGCUAAUUCACAGAGAGAUGGCUGGGAAGCUUGAGCCACCUGGCUUACGUACUAACAAAUUGAGUCAGCUGUUUUCUGGCAAAGUUAAAGGUGGAUUGAAUGCUACUUCUUUAUCUCAUCUGAGCCGUGAUGGGUUGGUAGAUGCCUUGUUGGCCCUGUAUGGGGAAUGCAGCCAAGACCAGCUCAAACGAACCAACAAACACGCAGCACAGUUUGUCAAUAAAUUUAAAAAAACUGUGAGUGAGGUGAAGAACCUACAGAUCAGCAUCAAUGACUUUGAAGUGAAAGAUGUGAUUGGGCGUGGUCACUUUGGACAGGUCCAAGUGGUCAGGGAGAAAGUGACCAAUGAUGUCUAUGCUAUGAAAGUACUACACAAGGCUGAUACCCUCUCAAAAGAAAAUGUGGCAUUCUUUGAGGAGGAGAGGGACAUCAUGGCAAGAGCAUCGAGUCCAUGGUUGACCAAGCUCCAGUAUGCCUUCCAGGAUGAUGAUAACCUCUAUCUGAUGAUGGAGUUCCAUCCUGGUGGUGACCUUCUGUCCCUCCUGGCAAGGUUUGAUGAUGUCUUUGAGGAACAUAUGGCUCGGUUCUACCUGGCAGAACUGGUGGCUGCCAUCCAUAGCGUCCACACCAUGGGUUACGUGCACAGAGAUAUCAAGCCAGACAACAUUUUAUUGGAUCGUACAGGGCACAUCAAGCUGGCUGACUUUGGAUCUGCAGCAAAGUUAGGAGAUAAAAAUACUGUCAGCUCCAAGAUGCCUGUGGGAACCCCAGACUAUGUAGCACCAGAGGUUCUGAUGAGCCUUAACGGUUCAUUAGAUUCAAGCUAUGGUACUGAGUGUGAUUGGUGGUCCCUUGGUAUUGUUGCCUAUGAGAUGUUAGUCGGUAAGACCCCAUUCACCGAUGACUCCAUGGUAGUCACUUACAGCAACAUCAUGGAUUAUCAGAGGAAGCUGUCCUUCCCGACUUCUUCUCCCAUUAGUCCUCGAGCAACCGGUCUAAUCAAGCAGCUACUCUGCGACAGGUCUGUAAGGAUCAGUUAUGAGCAGCUGGGGUAUCAUGAGUUCUUCAAUGGCAUUGAAUGGGCAACACUAAGAGAUGGUGUACCGCCCUUUGUACCUACUGUUAGCAGCGUGGAUGAUGUAUCUAACUUUGAUGAGUUUGAUCCCGUCGAGCCCAUGAAACACAAUUCUAGUAGUCUCAUGAAAGCUAAAGGAGGUUUCUCAGGGCUUGAUCUACCUUUCGUGGGAUUCACCUUCUCGAAGACGUCAAGUAACAAUCAAGGACUUGGUGAUAUAUCAAUGAUGAACACUACACUCUCGGCACCACUAGAGAUGAGCUCAAUGCCCGACCAGAAGAUCCAGGAUAGAUGCAGACGUCUUGAAUCCCAGCAUAGCUCCCUCUUUAGACAGAACAAUGAGCUGAGUAAGAGUCUGAAGGAGAAGUCUGAAUCCUUGAAGACUGCCCUGAGUGAGAAGAAUGCUGUAGAAAGAAAGUUGGCCGAAUCUGUCGCUGAUCUUGCAAAACUAAGACGUACUCUUGAGCAUGAAAGAACUGAGCAGAAGGACAUGGAUAGUAAAGCAGUUAGACUGAUGGGAGAGAUACAACAGAUUAGCAAGAAAGAACAACAAUUAAAGGAUGAAGAAUGGAGAGCUGAAGUAGAGAAAUACAAGCAAGCUUUCUCUCAGAUGGAGACUGAUCAUCAGGUAGCAAUUAAGAGAGCCCAGAAGCUGGAGGUUGAACUACGCCAGAAGACACAGGAAUGUGAAGACUCAAAGGCACAGAUUCACAAUGUCAAAUCAAAACUUUCCAAGUCUUGUGAAGGAUCUAGGAAUGAGGUAGAAGAGCUCCAAGCCCAACUCGAGAAGCUGAGUCGGAGUAGUAAGAUCCAACUGGAUGAGUUGCGUUUGAAGCUGCGUGAGGCCAGCGAAGCUGAAGAGAGGGCUAACCGAACUGCAGAUCGACUCAGAAAGGAGAAGACAGAAAUGAGGGAGAUCGUCCAGGAGCAGUGUCAGGGAUCCGUCCAGGAGAUGAGAGCAACAGUCAUGGAUCUACAGCAGCAACUCCAGGAGAGUCAAGAUGAUCAGCGUAGCCUUGAGAAUCGUUUGAGGAUGGUCCAGGAUAGAGAGAAACGAUUGAAAGAACAGGUGGAAUCUAAACAUGGUCUGACACAGGAUCUAGCUAAUCAAAUAGUGGAAAUGGAGAAAAAGGUAACAUCAGCUGACAGAGCCUGCAGGGAAUAUGAACAUGAUCUCGCUACCAAGGCCAAAGAACUACACAAUAAAGAACAGGAGUUGAAACAGCUUCGAUCAGUUGCUAAGAAAGAGAGACAGAACUUAGACAGAGUAUCAUCUCUUGAAACUGAUUCCCAUCUCAAGAAAAUGCAAGAACAGGAUGAGACCAUCUCGGUUCUUGACAACCAAGUGAAGGUUCUUCAAGCCCAGAUAGACAAGAUGGUUGCUGAUCGCCAUAUUCUCUCACAGCAACAAAAUAAGGAAUUCAAACGUGUCGAAGCAGAGAAGUUUUCUGACCUGAACCAAGACCGACUUUAUCUUCAGACGCAGGUCGGCCGUCUAGAGUUUGAUUUGAAGCAGACCCAGAGGGCUAGGUCUAGUCUAACGGAUCAGUCCAAGGAAAUGCAAGCUAAACUAGAUAAGGUGGCAGACAAGUAUGAGGAGGAGGUCUUCGGUCUGAAAGACCAGCUGAGAGAAGCUCAGGCGCGGGCCGAGAGGUUAGAGGUCAACUCUAAACAAAUUGAGGCCAGUGAGAAUGACCUGAAGCAGCAGGUUAGGGUACUUCAGACCAGAUUACAAGAAGAGAUUGAAAAUGCUGCUACCAAGAUUGAAAACCUAGAGGGGGAGAAGAAGCUACUAGACCAGGAGCUCCAUGUCCUGAGGGAGCGUUCCACCAUUGUCACCUCCCUGGAGACACAGCUCCAAGAGAAGAUGGAGCAAUGCUCUGCCAUGAGCAAGGAGAAACAGGAACUGAUGGAGCGAUGUGAGUCGUUCGCCAUGGAGAAAGGACGGCUCGUCAGUCAAAAUCAACAGAUGGAUACCAGUAUGGCAGACUAUCAGAAUAAACUCAGUCAAAAUGAACUGAACAUCAACAUGCUGAAGACCACAUGCACCAUGUUGGAAGAACAGGUCAUUGACCUUGAGACCAUCACUGAGCGUCUGGAAACCAGACUGGAGGAAUGUCGUCAAACAAGGGAUGGAGCUAAAGAGAGUUUGCAGGAGAAAAUGGAGAAGUUAAAAGCAGUUUCUAAGACACUGGAAGAAGCACAGCAGGCUGGAUGUCGUUCCGAAGAGAAGAUCAAAGAACUGACAGAGGCUGCAGAAGAAACAGAAAAAAGACAAGGAGAGGAGUUGGAUUCUUGGCAUAAACAAUUCAAUGAUCAGAGACAACAGAUCAAUCAACUCAAGGAAAAUUUGAGUGAGGUUGAAAAGCACAGAGCUCUGUUAGAAGUAGCUGCCAAGGAACUCAAGCAAAAAUAUGAAGAUGAGCAGGAAGAUAAUAUCAAACUGGAUAAAGAGCUGAAAGACUUGGAGGAGCAACUGAAGGAGAGUAAGAGCAUCAACUUCCAGCUGACCCAAGCCCUAGAGGAAGCCAUCUCUAAAGGAGAAUACAUCAAAGAAGAGAAGCAAGAACUUGAGAGUCAUCUUGAAAGUCAAGAGAUCCAUUAUCAACAUGAGAGAAUUAAGUUUGAAGGCACCUCUGCCCAGCAGACCAAACUGAUUGAUUUCCUGCAAGCUAAGGUAGAUGCCCCACCCAAGAAGAAGAGAGGGCGUCUCUUUGGCAAGACCGCCCAACCUCUCCCUCCUCAUCUCAGAGACAGAGGCACUGGGAUUUCAGGUGUUACAGUCUCAAUGCAGAUGAAAGAACUUCAGCAGAAGUUGGAUGCAGAGAAAAGCAGAGCUUGGGAACUUCAGAAAGCCCUGAAUGAAGCAAGAUCUGACCUUCAAGCAGCUAAGCUUAAAGCAAUAGCAAAUUCAGAAACCGGCUCAACAUUGAGUCUCCCUGAGCAGCCAUCAACUCCUGUGUUCACCCAGACGGCCAGUGCUAACCUCAUCUCUGCCAUCGUCCAAUCACCUGGUCAUCGGUCAAGCCCAUCAAGCCUCAUCUUACCCACACCAGGGGACAAGCGGAACAAGACCCUGGCUACAGGAACAAUGAAGCGACUCAAGGAACGCAUGAAGCAUAAUAUACCUCAUCGGUUUACCAUUGGUCUUAGCAUGAGGGGUACCAAGUGUUCUGCUUGUGCUGAUACUAUUCACUUUGGACGUCAAGUGGCCAAGUGCCAGGAAUGUCACCUGAUAUGCCAUCCCAAGUGUGCCCACUGUCUCCCCCAUACAUGUGGUCUUCCCUUCCAAUUCAUGAGGCAUUUCAAGCAGGCCAUGGACGGCCCAUCUCCAUCGACCAGAUCAGUCUCCUCUGCAUCGUCCACUGCAUCAUCGGUGGCAUCAUCGGCUGCCUCGUCGAUGUCUUCAUUCGGACAGGAACCCAUGGUGUGUGGGAACCAGAUACAAGGAUGGAUGAAAACACCCAGGAUGAAUAAGCAAGGGUGGGAGAAGAAGUGGUGUUGUCUAGAAGGUACCAAACUGAGUCUGUUUGACAAGGAAAACUCAUCAGGUUGUGGGUCUCCUUUCUUGGAGUACCAUCUCUGUCCUGAAGAUGGUCUUGUGACUGUCCAUGCUGGAGUCUCUGCUACGGAGCUACCAAACACUGCUUCCUGUGAUCUACCAUUUGUGUUCCGUCUGGAAUCCAGACCAGUGACCACCUGCUGGCCAGACAAUAAGACCCUCUAUCUUAUGGCACCAAGCUUCCAGGAUAAACAACAGUGGAUGGUUGGUCUUGAAGUAGCCAGCAUCCGAGGUCGUAAUGCUGGACCGGAUGGAUCCAUUAGGGACCAAGCUCGACUGAUUGGAAAUACGCUCCUCAAACUCAACCAAGAAAACAGACUGGAUAUCAAUUGUACUCUCCUUGUCAGUGAUAAUAUGCUUUUGAUUGGAGCUGAAGAGGGACUCUACACAAUGCUCUUAAUGGAUCGCAAGAAACCACUUUCUCAGAUAGGAGGAGUGAGCAGUGUCUUUCAGAUGGACAUCAUCAACCAACUAAUGCUGGCAGUCAUGAUCAUAGGUCCUGAGAGGAAGCUAUGCAUUGUUGAUCUAAAGCAUUUGAGGACUAAGAGCAGUCAAGCCAGUAUCAAUGAUGUCUCAAUAGACUAUACCAACAUUGAAGACAUACAUUCAUGUCACCUAUUUGCCUGUGGUAAGGUUGAUGGAUCCUUCUAUCUAUGUGCAGCCAUGCCAACCAAGAUCAGUAUCCUCAAAUACAGCGGAGGACUCUCCAAGUUCUGUGUGAGAAAGGAGAUUCAGACUACGGAGCCUUCAAGUUGCCUUCUCUUCACAGAGACCAGUAUACUGGCAGGGACAGAUCGCUUCUAUGAGAUAGAAGUCAAAGAUUUUAAGAUUAAUGAUUUCCUAGAGUCUACUGAUACCAGUCUAGCGUUUGCUGUAUAUGGUGCAUCUCAGCUGGAUAGCUUCCCAAUCGCAGCCAUUCAGGUGGCACCAGAUGGAGAACCACAGGAAUUCCUUCUCUGUUUCCAUGAAUUUGGCAUCUUUGUCGAUAGUAAAGGUCGAAGGUCACGACCGGACGACAUGAAAUGGACGAGAUUGCCGCUAGCGUUCACCUAUCGUCAACCAUACCUUUACAUGGCUCAUUUCAAUUCUGUAGAGGUGUGCGAGAUCAAACACACUGGUGAACCUGAAAGUGAAGAAAACCGAACAUUCCUGAGCCAGGCCAACCCUCGCUUCGUCGGCCCGGCCAUCACCCCCGGGGCCAUCUACAUCGCCUCACUGGGAGACCGUACUGUAGAGCUUAUGUGCCUCCAGGGGAACUAUGCCUCCGCACCGAGCAGGAGCAACUCUGCUUGUCUGAAUAACAGCGGGAGUACUGUGGGAGACAGCGUGAGUGUAGCAGGAGGAGAUGAUGGGCGUGGCACUACAAUGCCCCCACCACCACCUGUGACAUCGGUCAAGAGGACACCUAGUACUCAGAGUCAGACCCCUCUCACCCAUAAAAGAUCAACUAGGAGCUCUAUGAAGCGUCCUCUCCAAGAAUCCUGGAGCAACACUCCCAAGGGCAAGUUCAGUCGUACAGCAGCAAGAGCUUCUGCUAGGGCUCCCUCUACGUCAUCCUCUGAGGAUGAAGUGGGUGCUAAAUGUGGUUUCAAGUACAACACAGUGACGUGUAGGAAGACGAGGAGUAGUAAGCGAUAGAUGAAACCUCAGCUUUUCAGACCUAGGCAGUGACAUCGUCAGGAAUCCCAGAACAAUACUGCAUUGCCAUCUUUUGUGCCGCAUUUUAUACUCUUUAUUUUACAAAAGUACAGCUAGUUUUUUGAUGAUGUGAAAUAGUGUCUCUUUCCUUUUUUAUCUCAGCUAGGAAGGUUGGAACAUCAGUAUUGCAUUACCUGUACAGAAAAUGCCAUUAUCAGAAGUUGAUUUUCCUCCAAAUGUCUCCAGUUUACAUACAUCAAUUGCAUUUUUGCUGUACCAAUUCAAAUACUUUCUAUGGAUUUCAAUGUGUAUGACACAGGGAUUAAUUGUCAUACACUUUAAAAACAAUUUUAAGUGGCAUUCCUGUAAAUGAAUAUGAAAUAUGUCUGAUGUACACAGCAAGUACCGUAAUGCUUAAAUACUGACAAUUCUAAUGAAUAAUGCUGUACAAAAUAAUAUUUAAAUGUCAUGUCCGUAACAUUUGGAUUACCCAUAAGCAGGUAACUUUUAUCUUGUAUAAAAUGAUGGAUAUAUGUGUAUUAUUACCUUAAAUCAUAUUUACUAAUUGUUUACCCUUUUCAUGGAUCAAUUAAAGAAUACUCAUGAUUAUUUGUUUUCAUUCAGCACUGUACAGAAGCUUGAACAUCAUUCCAAAGGACAAUAAAUUGUAUAAUGGCUUGCUAGCCCAACUCCACCAAAAGUCUAACCCUCGCAUAGGUAUUUUAAAUGGGCACAGGCACUGAAUGUGAUUCAAUGACAUGUAUAAUUUCUGUUGGUACGCAUCUGGGCAAUGUACGCUCAUUUGUGCUUAUACUGCACUUAAAGAAAAUAUGGGGUUUGUAUCCCCUCUUAGAGACUUUUUUAAAAUUUUAGCCUACAUGUUUAAUUGUACAAAUACGUUGAAUAGUGCUGUACAUAUUGUAAAUAUAAUAGCUGCAUUACCUAAUUUAGAUGGGAUGAAUUGAAGUCAUGAUAGUAUCUAUUGUAAUUAUGUAUAUACAUUUAUUCUGUCAAUGCUUGACUCUAUUAACUAAAAGUACAUUUAUUCAAUUUUUUUGUAAAUUACAUUUUUCAGAGUUGCUUUAUUCCCACACACUACAAACUUUGCAUAAGAGGUAUAUUGAAGGUAGUAACUUUCACUGAUCACAGAUAUCCAUGGUGGGUUGUGAUGUGCCUUGUUCACUCAGUAUGCAGUUAUUAUUUUGCAGUUGAUUUUGAGAUCCUAUGAAAAUCCGAGAUGAAUUGGUGUUUUAAAGAUUAAAUUGUAGCUUACAUGUGA